AUGGAUCCCGACUCGGAUGACUUUAAACUGGUCUUAGAGUUUGACGACGAAGAUGGCAGUGACUGGGAAACCAACAGCGAUGUGCUUGUAACGGCGUCGGUGCUCGAAAGCGAGCUGGCAGACCUUAAGCGAUACCUACAGAAUUCCGUCGAAGAGCUGAAGCGUCUCCACGUCCAGAGCUCGUACUUUGACCCAAGCCUUCCUCCCGCCAUGGGCUGGACCGAGGAAGUCAACGAGAGAGAUCACAAGGCGAGAUUCUUGUGCGCCUCUAUCCGAUUUUGCGAAUAUCGGAUUCGUCGCAUUCAAGCUCAGAUGUCCAAUUUGAAUCGUAAGCUCGUUUCAGCGAAAAGGGCAGAGGCAUCUGGUCUCCAUGUCGGCCAUUUUCUCGAUCUCGAGGACCGCACGCUCUUCGUCCUUGGCUUGGGGAGUGAUCACUGUCAUGUUCAAGUGGUCAAGGCCGUCUUCAAGACCUAUGGAGAGGUUGAGAACGUGAUCAUGCACAAGCGGCACUGCUUUGUUACAUUCUCGACUAAGCAUGGAGCGAACAAGGCUCUCAAAAUCAACGGCACCAAGCCUCUCGGUCGCCGAAGAGGUCGGCUGUACGACGGGGCCAGCCAGGGCCUUGACGUGGUCGCAAAUAUAUCCGAGGCCUCGGAUAUACUAUCUCCCCUCAAGGCAGCUUGUCGUACAACGAAAUCGAUCCUCGACAUGAUCCAAGCUGUCGAUGACAAUCAAGAAGAAUUGAACGACAUAACGCAGCGUUUGGAGGAAUAUCUGGCCGGUAUCGAGGACCAAAUCGACUCGGUCGAAAAGUACCCUCCAGAGGAAAGGGCUGUAGAUGACGCAUUCAGCCAACCACUCAUUCAUUAUGUGAAACUGCUUGAAGAUUUCCAUAACAUCGUCGCGAAUCACAAGCAUAAGCGAAGCCACGGCCUCGGCAUAUUCACUGCAGUGAGCAAAGUGAAAAUUGAUGCAGGAGUGAUCCGUAAAUUCAAUCGCGAUAUCGAAGAUCGCCAUAGGCAAUUCAUGGAACAACUCGGUAUUUUUACCGCAUUACGUGUUCAAGUCGUCGAUCGAAGCAUAAAGACUAUCAAGGACGGCAUGCAAGCUACCAAGGCUGACAUGGAGGCUACCAGGGCCAAUGUCGAAACACUUCUGACAGAUGUGGAAGCAAAUGCUAUCCUCCAACUCCCACUGGUGCCAUUUGUUGCAUCCUCGGUUCAUUCUACUUGUUUACAAGGAACACGUGAAGCUGUUCUCCGCACCAUCUACCGUUGGGCAGAGGACGAUAUGUCACGAGAAUCAAUCUUUUGGCUCUGUGACAUAGCUGGGUCUGGCAAAUCCACAGUCGCAAUGACUGUAUCCAACGUAUGGAAAACGGAGGGGAUCCUAGGAGCCCAGUUCUUCUUCUCCUUGGCUAGCAGCGAUGCGUCUACCACCGAGAAGUUCUGCUCGACCAUGGCCAGAGAACUCGCCCAGAAAAUGCCCAAACUCGCGCGGCACGUCGCCGAGGCCGUGAAGCGAAAUCCUGCCAUCAUGCGAAGUCCCUUCCACGAACAGCUCCAAAUACUGGUCACGGAACCACUCCGCCAUCGACAAGAACGCGUAAUUCUUGUCAUCGAUGCCAUCGACGAAUGCAAAUCCGGAGCACAGCGACAGGAACUUCUCGAAGCUCUUGCUAUGGCCGUUAGAGAGACCAGAAAUCUCAAAUUAUUCAUCACCAGUCGGCCAGACCCCAUCGUUGAAGCGGUUUUGCGGCCGCUCUCAAUCAAGGCCGAGUUGAAGGACCGCCUCCACGACGUCCGCCAUCAAGAUACUAUUGACGAUAUUGCGACCUACGUACAUCAAUCGCUGAACAAUGUCCUAUCGCUGGACAAGAGGCAGCGACUCGUCGAAAAGGCUAACGGGUUGUUCAUCUGGGCAAGCACCGCAUGCCGAAUGCUCAAUAGCAAGACUAACUUGAGGCCUCCUGAAAGCACAUAUAAUCGUCUGAUCUCCAUGGAACAGGGUGGUGUCAUAGACGAUCUGUAUAGUCUCAUCCUCAAGCGUACAGACCCCGAACACCAUGAUACUAUGUAUCAGAUGCUUGCACUGCUGCUUGCCGCAUAUGAACCGGUCACUAUCGAGGAUCUAGACGACAUUCUCAAACAUGCUGGAGUAGAUGGGAGUGCCAAGGCAUUGGUAUGGAUCCUCGGCAGCGUACUUAUCGAGGACGCCACUACAAACCUGAUCCAAUUUCGUCAUCCCACUUUUAUAGAGUACCUUCGACGUCGUUCCGUCAUUCCAUCCUUCGAUAACCAUACUAUCGAUAUCGUCAACGCACAUGGUCAGGCCGCAUCGUGGUGCCUCAAAUGCCUCAAUUCACCGACCGACGGUCUCAGAUUUAACAUAUGUCAACUCGAGUCAUCCUUUUACCUAAACAGGCAGAUUCCGGACCUUGAUAUCAGGAUGUCAAGAUUUAUUUUAGGAAGACUUCGAUAUGCCAGCUCCCAUUGGUCAUUUCAUGUUGCCGAAACAGACAAUAACUGGCGACACAGGCUCGAAAACGCCUUGCAAUACAUUAUUCGAAUUCCACGCGUGUUACACUGGAUAGAGAUCCUGAGCUUUACUGGAGGAGUGCGACGAGCGAUAGCCGGACUUCGAGCUGUUACACGCCAUCCAGGACUUGGAGAGCAGACUAGAAUCCGUAUAGAUGAAAUAUGGCGGUUUCUAAUGACAUUUUUGGUACCAAUACAGGAGAGCGCUCCACACAUUUACAUUUCUGCACUUCCUUUUACUCCCUCAAAGUCAAUACUACAUAUCGAGGGUGUAAAGGCGUAUAGAAACAACCUGACUGUGACUCGAGGACUUGAGGAGAAAUACCCGGGAUUACCCAGAACUCUCCAAGGUCACGAAGGCUCUAUCGUCACCAUUGCAUUCUCGCCAGACGGCUCACGAAUCGUCUCUGGUUCGUCCGACAACACGAUCCGAUUGUGGGAUGCAGCCACCGGUCAGCCUUUGGGAGAGCCACUCCGAGGUCACACAGAAUCGGUCAACGCCAUCGCAUUCUCGCCAGACGGUUCACGAAUCGCCUCUUGCUCCGGAUUCUUCGGCUCGUCCGACAACACGAUCCGAUUGUGGGAUGCAGCCACCGGUCAGCCUUUGGGAGAGCCACUCCGAGGUCACACAUCCUCGGUCAACGCCAUCGCAUUCUCGCCAGACGGUUCACGAAUCGUCUCUGGUUCGUCCGACAACACGAUCCGAUUGUGGGAUGCAGCCACCGGUCAGCCUUUGGGAGAGCCACUCCGAGGUCACACAUCCUCGGUCAACGCCAUCGCAUUCUCGCCAGACGGUUCACGAAUCGUCUCUGGUUCGUCCGACAACACGAUCCGAUUGUGGGAUGCAGCCACCGGUCAGCCUUUGGGAGAGCCACUCCGAGGUCACACAUCCUCGGUCAAGGCCAUCGCAUUCUCGCCAGACGGUUCACGAAUCGUCUCUGGUUCGUCCGACAACACGAUCCGAUUGUGGGAUGCAGCCACCGGUCAGCCUUUGGGAGAGCCACUCCGAGGUCACACAUCCUCGGUCAAGGCCAUCGCAUUCUCGCCAGACGGUUCACGAAUCGUCUCUGGUUCGUCCGAUAGCACGAUCCGAUUGUGGGAUGCAGCCACCGGUCAGCCUUUGGGAGAGCCACUCCGAGGUCACACAGAAUCGGUCAACGCCAUCGCAUUCUCGCCAGACGGUUCACGAAUCGUCUCUGGUUCGUUCGACAACACGAUCCGAUUGUGGGAUGCAGCCACCGGUCAGCCUUUGGGAGAGCCACUCCGAGGUCACACAGAAUCGGUCAACGCCAUCGCAUUCUCGCCAGACGGUUCACGAAUCGUCUCUGGUUCGUUCGACAACACGAUCCGAUUGUGGGAUGCAGCCACCGGUCAGCCUUUGGGAGAGCCACUCCGAGGUCACACAGAAUCGGUCAAGGCCAUCGCAUUCUCGCCAGACGGUUCACGAAUCGUCUCUGGUUCGUCCGACAAGACGAUCCGAUUGUGGGAUGCAGCCACCGGUCAGCCUUUGGGAGAGCCACUCCGAGGUCACACAUCCUCGGUCAACGCCAUCGCAUUCUCGCCAGACGGUUCACGAAUCGUCUCUGGUUCGUUCGACAACACGAUCCGAUUGUGGGAUGCAGCCACCGGUCAGCCUUUGGGAGAGCCACUCCGAGGUCACACAGAAUCGGUCAACGCCAUCGCAUUCUCGCCAGACGGUUCACGAAUCGCCUCUUGCUCCGGAUUCUUCCUCAGCUCGUCCGACAACAUGAUCCGAUUGUGGGAUGCAGCCACCGGUCAGCCUUUGGGAGAGCCACUCCGAGGUCACACAUCCUCGGUCAAGGCCAUCGCAUUCUCGCCAGACGGUUCACGAAUCGUCUCUGGUUCGUCCGACAACACGAUCCGAUCGUGGGAUGCGGCCACCGGUCAGCCUUUGGGAGAGCCACUCCUAGGUCACACAUCCUCGGUCAACGCCAUCGCAUUCUUGCCGGACGGCUCACAAUUUGUCUCUGGCUCGCACGAUACUACAAUUCGGUUGUGGGCUAAGGUGCCCGACUCAAAUGCGAGCGAGACCAACCAGGAUGAUAGAGAGUCUGCGCGUUUGGACCUCGGAGGGGAUUUAGAGGAGACUCCACUACAAAUCCUCGUACCUGGGUUCAAAGCAUGCUCCCUUUUGCAGGAUGGCUGGGUGCAAGCGUCCGGUAAGCGUCUCUUCUGGGUACCACUGGACAAUCGGUAUGGACUGCAGAACCCGUGUCUUUUCCUGAGCAUCCCCACGGCGAGUCCGCUCCGUGCGACCAAACUUGAUUUCACUCGGUUUUGUUGUGGUUCCUCUUGGACAAGGGUUCGAACAGACGCCAGCCGGUGA